UUGAUGAUUGAUGCUUACACGAAGCUUGUCGGAUCUGGCCGUAUUGACACUAUUGACUCUGUGAUACGGUGGUAGGAGUUGGGGCCAUUCACUAGCAAAGAGGAAGAAGAAACUUCUAGUCGGUAUAUUGUUGACCCAAGUUUUUCUCUUUAACUAAUCAUAAAGAUUAGGUCAUUUUUUUUAGUGGACAGAGGAAGGAAUGGGACACGUGCAACACAUGCUUGUUUAAGAAAAAAUAAUUUGGAAUAGUUUUUGCACAUUAUCCUGCGGAUUCUGGGAAUCCUGGGAAUCCUGCUUGUCCCAUGUAUUGGUUAGAAACGCUGCUGUAUUUAUUAUGAAAAACAAAGCUUAGUAUUUUGUAACAUCAGGUGAAAAAACUAUACAAGACAUAACUAUAUACCAAACAUUAAAAGACUGAAAAUUUAGCCGAAUUUGAAUGGAUUUAAACUUAUAAUUUGUAUUGCUUAAUAUAUCUGAACUUAACUUUAACUUAAUCUUAGAACUAAAAGAGUUCGGAAGAAGCAUAAUUAAUAAAUCUGUCAAUCGAUAACCAUGGAUUUUGAUAAGUACAUUAAAGAAGAGCCAGAGGGGGUUUACAAUCUACAUUUUUUGAACAAGGACAAGCUUACUGUAUACGAGAUAAGGCAAAUAUUUUCAGUUUUUGGGAAUGUUUUAGGUGUAAAUGUUACUAAGGAUGAAACUGGAUUUAGAUUUAUUAAGUAUGGAACCUUAGAUGAAACAAUAGCUUGUAUAAAAGGUUUACAAGAUAGCAGUAAGAUACAGUUAUUGCUAGAAAAAAGUAAAAUGAAGGAUAGAAAGAUUUCGAAUAGAAAAGAUUUCAAUGGUGAAAACUUGUCAAACAAUGGAGGAAACAGCACUCAUAAAAUUUUCAAGGAGAAUAAUGGAUCUAAUAACGUUUUAAAUACUUCUGUAAACUCUAUAUAUAAUCAUAAAUUUAUUUCAAAUAUAACUAAAGAAAAUUCAUCAGUGUUUGAUGAAAAAUCUUCAUUGUCUUCAAAACAAAUUUCCAAGGAGAAUAUCUCUUCAGUUACAAUGGAUUAUGAAAAGUACUAUAGGACAACAAAAGGAGGUUUUAGCGUACAUUUUGCAAAUAAGAAAGGACUAUCCUCAGAAUACAUAAAAGAUACGUUUUCAUCUUAUGGAACUGUUGUAUCCAUAUAUGAAAAAGGCACUCCCAAUGGAUUGAAAGUCAUAAGUUAUAAAACAUUAGAUGAAGUGAUAAAUUGUUUAAAAGGUCUUCAAAAUGAUAGUCAGAUAUCAUUGUUACCACAAAAAGAUAAAUUGGGCAGCGAAGCAAAAGCAACUAAUCAAAACAGUUCGAAUCAAUGGCAGGCAGCAAAGAUGGAAGAUACUUCACAAAAGAUGUUUAGCACUGAUGAACAAUUUGAUUCAAACUCUACUCAUCAUGAGAAUAAUAAACAGGAAAAAUUGUUGGAAUAUAGAGGCAAACCAUUUUAUAGUUCAAGAAAUUUUGAUUCGAAUAAAUUCCAAGGAAAUAACUUUUUAGAUAUUGCUCGCAAUUCGGGGCACGACUAUAAAUAUAAUGCAGAUGAAAUUAAACAGAAGAAUACAGGUUCUCAAACAUUUGAUGAAAUACAUUUAUCUUCAGAACAUCAAAAUCCUAUUAAUAAUGAAGAUUAUAAUCAAGUAAUGAGAAAAAAGCAAGAAGAUACUAAAUUAUAUCCUGUAAUGAAGACUGAGACAGAUAACAAAAUCGAUAAAAAUAGGCGAUUUGGCAUACAUGAUCAGCAAAUGCCAAUGUUAGUUUCUGAUGCAGAAAUGAAGCUGAAAGAAUUUGAUGUGAUAUCCACAUUAAACAAGACUAGGAAUUCAUCUAAAAUUGUGAACAUCCCAAUGCAAGAUAUAAUUGUUGCUAAUAUUCAUCAAAAUUAUGGCGUACAUUACAUUUUACAUUUGUUUGAGAAAUUUAGUCCAAUUUCAGCGACGGUUGUAAAGACUAUUUCCAAAACUAAUAUACGAUAUUGUCAUAUUUAUUUUAAAACUGUACAAGAUGCGGUAGCUGUUGAAGAAGAAUUUGAUAAUUUUGAUUUAUCUGGAAAAAACCUUAUUGUUUUACGAGAAUCACGUUUGAUAAAUGAUGCAUAUACGUAAUUUUGUUUUUUUCUUGUAUCGAAUUAUUGUAAGCUUCUCUUUUGCUAAUGAUAUUGUUAUCAAUAUUUUUAUAUAAUUAAGUUAUUUGUUGAUUUAAGUUAUUUGGUUUAUAUUAAAAUAUAUACCAGAGGAUUUACGGGUUAUUGCCAUGUUUUUGUCCAUUACUAAUGCCAACAUUUCAUGAAACCGUUCACUUCAUCAGGAUGAGGAGCGCACUGAUACGUAACAAAAAAACAGCGAUAACCCGCAAACCCUCUGAUAUCUUUAAAGAUAACAAUCAUAAGAGUCUAAAAAGCAUUGUAUUAAAAUAAU